GAAGAGUGCCUUGAGGUAUGGGUCAGUAUGCCGCUGGGCCCUCAUCUCCACCUCCUCCACAUCCUCCUCCACCUCCUCUUCCACCACCACCACCUUGACCCCUGCGCGAGAGGUGGUGACCAGUCUUCCCUGCGCCUCCAUCGCAUCACAACCACUGCAACACCACCAUCACCACCACCACCAUCAUCACCACUGCCACGCGUGUUAGCAGAAAAGACACAAUGGGCGGGAAGUGGGCGGCAGCGACUCUCCUCGUGGCCGCCUUCACCACCCUCAACACCCGCGCCCUGGCCAGCCCCGUAGUCGCACCAGCAGCAGCCCCAGGAGCACCCCAGAGGGACACCGAAACCGCCCUAGAGGUACCCAGAAAUGCCCAAGGGGAGGCGAACACUACCCUGGAUGACCCGCAAAAUAACCCCGAGGAGCCUGAAGGAUUUUUGGGCCUACGAAACCCAUUCAGAGGCCCAGAUCUGACGGUGAUGGACGCGUUUAGUGAACCCGUGACUGGGAAUCCUUUCGACGGCCCGGGGGGAAUCCUAGGCGGCGUAGCGUAUUACCUACACCGCGCACAGAUGAUCAUGCAAGCGCUCUACACCGACGAGCUGCUCCCCGAUAAGCGCUGGAUGCGUUGGCUUCACUAUAUAGAGGAGUUCGUGGCGGAUGUACACCAAACCUCCUUGUGGGAUGUCCUUUUCAAGAUGAUGACGAGGAGGAACACUGUAUCGCAACUGAACAGCGCACAGACAGGUGACGUGAACGUGGAACUGACCCAGGUGGAAGUUGACCCCAUCGGCAACUUGUUUUGGGCGGCGCUGUACGGCUUUCACGAUUUCAUUGACCUCCCGAAUCUGUAUGAGUUCUGGUCGCGGUUCCAGGCCAUCAACAGCUACUUCGCCACCACGGAAAUGCCUUCGACUACCAAGCACCCGCUGUCCAUCUUCGCGGAGGACGACAUCAUGGAGGAAUCGGUGGGAGAGGUCAAACUGCCUUCCGAUGUGCUUUCUGUUCAGCCUUAUGAUCCCUAUGUCGUCGGGGUCAACACUAUGCUCUUCAUGUUCUACUUCCAUAUUUUCUUCAAGAACUUCCUCUUCAACUCAGGCUUCGAGAACGGCUUCCUUCCUCCUCCUCCCUUCGGCGGCGGCGGCGGAGGAGGAGGCGGAGGAGGAGGUGGAGGAGGAGGAGGAGGUGGUGGAGGCGGAGGAGGAGGUGGAGGAGGUGGAGGAAGUGGAGAGGGAGAUGACGCUGCUGACGAUGGAGGAGGAGGAGGAGGAGGAGGAGGUGGAGGAGGAGGAGAAGAAGGAGGAGCAGGAGGAAGAUCGAGUGAAGCAGCAGCACCGGCAGGAGGAGGAGGAGGAGGAGGAGGAGGAGGAGAUUAUUAUGAUGACUAUGGAGAUGACGGGUACCAAGCGGCUGAGAGGUUAAGACGGUACCCUGUGUUUGAGGUGAGUGCGUGA